CUCCAGUGACAGUCCAUUUCCCGUCAUCCUCUGCGCCCCAAGAUGGCGGCCUCCAUGCUGCAGCCGGUGUCCGGGCGCUGUGUCCGGGGCCCGGGGCUCCGCUGUCUCAGUGUGUCCUCCCGGUGUAGUAGGAAGCAGCAGACGGUACAGCCCCGAGUGAAGACGGAGCCCCCGGAGAUCCCGGGCCUGGAGCGGAUCACAUACGCGGACCGGGGUUACUUCCUCCCCUGGCUGGCCCGGCCCAACUUUCCCCGAUGGAGUCGAGGCUGGCACGAUCCCCGGCAGGACCCAAGUCCGCCCCACCAGGACAUGCCACUCCACAAGGACACCGAGGCCUAUGUCUUCAGUGCCAAAUGUCGUCUGAUGGGAGGUGUGAAGCAGGCCCUCUGGCUCACCAAAUCCAGUUUAAUUGAAGGCUUGCCACAGGCUAUAACAAGUAUAUGUGAAGAUCCGGCAUACACAUUCCCGAACCAUGAAGAGCUGGUACACAAUACAAUUUCCAAUGCCUGCCUGUGGAGCACUGUCGAGGAACAGAGACCCAAGGAAGAGUACUGCCCAAGGCUGCUGCAAGGUCUUCUGCAUUUGUGCCGGACUCAGAGCCCUUCAUAUCCUGGCCUCUUCCAAAGGAGCUUUAUAGAAAAUUAUCGCCUAGCAGCAUCCUGGAGAAGAGAAUCCGUCCUUUAUUUUGUGAGAGGGAUCACUGGUGUAGUGAUGAGCGCUAAAACUGCCCUAGAACCCCAGGCAUCGCCCAGCGACAUCCAAAUCACAGAACAGCAAGGCCUGGAAUCCCUGUACCCACUGUCUCCCGCUAUCGAUCUUCAGGAGGUGAACGUGUACGAGGAACAAAAUCGUCUAGGAUUUAAAGAUGGCUACCAGUUCAGCCACCCACAUACUAUAUACCUUCUGGAUCCUUGUAGCACCAAAGCAAGAUUCCUGCCAGACCAACUCCGCGCCAAAAUGAUUAUGACUGCUUUUGGGAGUGCUGUGGCUAAAGCUAAGAUGCUAUUUGGGGAGGAUGUCAAGGAUUUGGAGAAGCCGAUUGUGGUACAGAGCGUGGGUACAGACGGACAGCUCUUCCACUUUAUGGUUCUGCAACUGAACACUCUGGAUUUAGAGUCCAGCAAUGGCAUAAAAAAUAUUGUCUGGAUGGAUGGAGACCAGCCCUUGUACGAUACCGUGGCAGGCAAAGCAAAAAUUAGAAGGAAAGUGGUCGUGGUACCUGCUGGAGUCUCUGGACUCAAACCAGAAAUAUUUCAGAAGUUUUGGGCAAUGUACUUGCAUGGGGCAGUCUAGAUGAGCAAGGAGAUACCUACCUGUACAUACAGCUUAUGGAAUAAACGUUUGAUAUUUAUGUA